AUCGGAGAAAGUGCGUUACCAGUUCCGGAUUCUCACGCCUGGAAGGCUCUUGCUGUAAAAGGGAAAAGUCCGCGAGGCUUUUGGAAUGUGGGGGUGUAGCCUGCCUGGGACUCGCCUUCUCAUGAAUAUUCAGAAACCAGAGAGGCGGGGUCUUAACCCUUCGCUGGCUGGCCGGCCGGAAGGCGGCCCCUCCCCCCCGCGGGCGGGAACAGGAUAUGAGCCCGGGCGGCUGGGGGGAGGGGAAGCCCCAGGCGACCGCCCCCCGCCCCACUGCUGGGACAGGGCUCUCCAGCCACAGAUGUAUGUGGCGCCGCCGCCGCUAGAGCCGGCGCCACCCAUCCCGGAACCUGAGGGGUCCACAGUCGCAGACUCCAGCCUCCCGAAACUGCACCGCGUCCUGAGGGACCCCGAAGCCCAGGCCCCAGCGUCCAGGCUAGAGGACCCCAGAUAUCCAGGUGCCCAGCGCCCCCUCCUGGAGGAGCUAGGAGUCCGGGACAUCAGCGCCGCGCGACCCUGGAGGCCGAGCUUCCUGCACCCGGUUUCCAAGAAUUUAGGAUCCCAGACCGGAGAUUCCCUCCAGAGUUUCCCAGAAAGCUGAGACCAAGACUCCCGGGGUUUGAGGAACUUGGGAUACGGACUCCUAGCGCCCCAUCCAGCCCGUUUGGGGCUGAAGCGCCCGCUACUUCAAGAGGACCCUGGAAUUUGGGGCUCCCUGCGCUCCCUCCUGGAGGUGGUUUAUCCCUGCUCUUAGAGUUAGGGGAACUCAGGAAUCCGGGCCCCCCACCCCACGGCCCCAUCUAGAAGACUCAGGAAUUUGGGUUCCCAGCACCCCCAUCUGAGACUCAAGAGUCGAGGCCCCCAGCAUCUUCCAUUUAGAGGACCAAAGAAAUUUGGACCACUGCACCCCAUUCUCCGAGAGACCCCGGAUUCUGGUUCCCGGAUCCUGAGAGCCCGAAGUUCAAACCCCUGACUUGCAGAGACGCAGGAGUCCCGGCUCUGCGCCUCCCCGGGGACCGUGCUAGGGUCGAAUAGGAACUGGGCUGCCUCGGUUCGGGGCUGGAGACUCCCCGGGAGAAGCCGCUGAGCCACUCAGCCAUGCCCGAAGGAGCCCGUGGACUGGGCCUGUCCAAACCCAGCCCUAGCCUCGGCCGCAGAGGUGAAGUGUGUGACUGUGCGGCUGUGUGUGAGACUCGGACAGCAGCCCCUGCAACCCCCGCCAUGGCCUCCCCCCGAGGUUCUGGGAGCUCCACAUCCCUGAGCACAGUGGGCUCAGAGGGGGACCCGGCUCCGGGGCCCACACCAGCCUGCUUGGCCUCCAGGCCAGAGCCCCUUCCAGGGCCCCCCAUCCGCCUGCAUCUGUCGCCCGUGGAGACCCCGGCUUCAGCGAAACCCUCGAGGCUGGAGCGUGUGGCCCGUGAGAUCGUGGAGACGGAGCGGGCCUAUGUCCGGGACCUCCGCAGCAUCGUGGAGGACUACCUGGGCCCUCUGCUGGACGGCGGGGUCCUGGGGCUGAGCGCGGAGCAGGUGGGCACGCUGUUUGCCAACAUUGAGGACAUCUACGAGUUCAGCAGCGAGCUCCUGGAGGACUUGGAGGGCAGCAGCAGUGCCGGGGGCAUCGCCGAGUGCUUCGUGCAGAGGAGCGAGGAUUUUGACAUCUACACGUUGUACUGCAUGAACUACCCGAGCUCCCUGGCCCUGCUCCGGGAGCUGUCAGUGUCUCCGCCAGCAGCCCUGUGGCUGCAGGAGCGCCAGACCCAGCUCCACCACUCACUGCCCCUGCAGAGCUUCCUGCUGAAGCCUGUUCAGCGCAUCCUCAAGUACCAUCUGCUGCUGCAGGAGCUAGGCAAGCACUGGGUGGAGGGCCCAGACGCCGCAGGCCGCGAGAUGGUGGAGGAGGCUAUCGUGUCCAUGACAGCGGUCGCCUGGUACAUCAAUGACAUGAAACGCAAGCAGGAGCACGCUGCGCGCCUCCAGGAGGUGCAGCGGCGGCUGGGUGGCUGGACCGGUCCGGAGCUCAGUGCUUUUGGCGAGCUGGUGCUGGAGGGUGCAUUCCGAGGUGGUGGAGGGGGUGGCCCCCGACUUCGAGGGGGUGAACGGCUGCUCUUUCUGUUCUCACGGAUGCUGCUCGUGGCCAAGCGCCGGGGACCAGAAUACACAUACAAGGGCCACAUCUUCUGCUGCAACCUGAGUGUGAGCGAGAGCCCUCGAGACCCUCUAGGGUUCAAGGUGUCGGAUCUGACCAUUCCCAAGCACAGGCACCUGCUCCAGGCCAAGAACCAAGAAGAGAAGAGGCUGUGGAUUCACUGUCUCCAGCGCCUUUUCUUUGAGAACCACCCCGCCUCCAUCCCUGCCAAGGCAAAACAAGUUCUCCUUGAAAACAGCCUGCACUGUGCUCCUAAAAGUAAGUCUAUCCCAGAGCCCCUGACACCUCCACUUGGGUCUCCGCGACCUCGAGAUGCUAGAAGUUUCACCCCUGGACGAAGGAACACAGCUCCAUCUCCAGGACCUGCCACUACCCGCCGUGGCCGCAGACAGUCUGAGCCCCUGAAGGACCCUUACGUCAUGUUACCACAGAACGCUAAGCCUAGACUCAAGCACACUGGCAGUGAGGGGGAGCUCUACCCGCUCUUAGAGCCUCUGCCACCAGUUCCAGCUUCUGAACCCCCUGAGGACCUGGAGGACACUGGGCCCCCCACGCUGGACCCCUCUGGGACCUCAAUCACUGAAGAAAUCCUGGAGCUGCUGAACCAAAGAGGCCUCCGGGAUCCAGGGUGCCCACUACAGCCGCCCCCCCAUGACAUUCCCAAGUUCCCCGGAGACUCCCAGGUGCCAGGCGACAGUGACACCCUCACAUUCCAAGCCCUGCCCAGCCGGGACUCUUCAGAAGAGGAGGAGGAAGAAGAGCUGGAUAUGGAUGAACGGGGCCCUUCCCCACUCCACGUCCUAGAGGGGCUUGAAAGUUCCAGUGCGGCUGAAAUGCCUGACAUUCCCAGCCUUUCCAAAAAUCCUGAUGUACCCAACCUCCCUGAAAUUCCCAGCCUUUCUGAAAUUCCCCAAAUGCCCCGCCUUCCCAGUCUCUCUGACGUUUCCAGUGUGUUUGAAAUGCCCUGCCUUCCAGCCAUACCCAGUGUCCCCGACACUCCUAGUCUUUCCAACGCUCCCACCCUCCCCUGUGACUCCUGGCUCCAGGGACCUCGGCAGGAGCCGGAUGAGGCUCUAGCCACCAGGAGAGAACUCUUCCCUGGAAGCAGUUCUGGAAAACUGGGAGAGCCCUUCUCAGAAAGCAGGGCGGGGCAAGAGGAGGACGAAGGAGUAUCAUACCCAGAUUUCCAGCCCCGGGAUGUCACCCAAGAUCAGGGAUUUCCGGAUGAGCUGGAGUUCCGCUCUUGCUCAGAAAUCCGGAGCGCCUGGCGGGCACUGGAGCAGGGGCACCUGGCCCGGCCAGGUUUCCCAGAGCCACUGGUGAUCCUGGAAGAUUCAGAUCUAAGUGGAGGCAGCGGAAGCGGGAAGGCAGGAGCCCCAACUUCGGAGAGGUCAGCGUCCCGAGUGCGAGAGUUGGCCCGGCUUUACAGCGAGCGGAUCCAGCAGAUGCAACGGGCCGAGACCCGGGCAUCAGCCAACGCCCCCCGCCGCCGGCCACGGGCUCUGGCCCAGCCGCAGCUGUUGCCCUGCCUGCCCCGUGAGCAGGCUGAGCCAGGGCCCCUGCCUGCCUUUGGACACGUGCUCGUAUGUGAGCUGGCCUUCCCGCUGACCUGUGCCCAGGAAUCUGUCCCACUAAGCCCUGCUGCCCGGGUUCAAGCUGCCACAGCUGUGACUAAGCAGGGAGGCUGCCUGGACGGCCAGGGUCUAAAUGUUUCAAGUUUGCCUGACCAAGACCAUCUGGGCAUCCAGGUUCCAGCUGCUACCCCUCUGCCUGAGCAAGGAGGCCUCUGGAAUAUCCGGAUUCCAAACACCACACCUUUGCCCAAGCAGGAAGGCCCCCCCAACAGCCAGCUGCCAGCUAUUACAACUGUGCCGGAUCAAGAAGGCCACCAGGAAAUCCAAGUUCCAGCUGCCACUCCUUUGCCCGAGCAUAGAGGCCAUGUGGAUAUACCAGUUCCAUCUACCACCUCUUUUCCUGAGCAAGGAUGCCACGUGGACAUCCAAGUUCCAAUCACCCCAGCUUUGCCUAAGCAGGGAAGUUGCUCUGAUACCAUGGUUUUAGCCGCCACUCCUACGUCCAAGCGAGAAGGCCACCUGGACAGCCAGAGCCCAACCAACACCCCGUUAACUAAGCAAGGAGAUUGUAGGGACGUUCAGUUCCCAGCCACUGCCUGUGGCCAAGCCGUCGAUCCUUUGCUUAUACACAGAAGCAGCCUAGACCCUCAGAUCCCAGCUGACACCCCACUGCCCUUGCAACAUGACCUCCCCGACAUUCAGGUUCCGGGUACCUCACCUUUGCCUGCACAUGGAGGCCACCUAGACCAUCAGACCCCAGCCAACACUCUGCCGUCCUUGUCCCAGGACCUCCCACACUUUCAGGUUCCAGCUGCCACACCUUUCCCGCAGCCACAAGGCCUCACGGACACCCAGGUCCAAGCCCUCCCACCUUUGCCCCAGCAGGGAGGCCUCCCAGACAUCCAGGGUCCAGCUGCCGCGCCUCUGCUUGAGGAGCAAAGCCUCACAGACCUCCAGGUUCACAAACUGACACCUUUGUUGGAGCAGAAGAGCCUCACCAACGACCAUGUUCCAGCUGCCGCGCCUCUGCUUGAGGAGCAAAGCCUCACAGACCUCCAGGUUCACAAACUGACACCUUUGUUGGAGCAGAAGAGCCUCACCAACGACCAUGUUCCAGCUGCCGCGCCUCUGCUUGAGGAGCAAAGCCUCACAGACCUCCAGGUUCACAAACUGACACCUUUGUUGGAGCAGAAGAGCCUCACCAACGACCAUGUUCCAGCUGCCCCACCUUUGCCUGAGCGAGGAGGCCCUCGGGACAUUCAGGGCCUGUUACCCACCCGAGUCCAGACCACGGUGGUUUUGUCUAAACAAGGAGGCCACGCGGUCUCUCAUGUUGCCAGGUCAGAGUCUUCAGACUUGAGCCCACCCCACAGUCCCCGACUCGCAACCCGGCAGCUCCUGGGCUCCAACGCAGCUGCCCUCUCAAGAUACCUGGCAGCCUCAUACAUCAGCCAGAGCCUGGCGCGGCGGCAAGGGCCUGGAGGAGAGGCUCCCCCAGCCGCCCGGGGCCCUUGGUCCUCCUCUGCCCCCACGUCACGGGCACCUUCACCGCCACCCCAGCCUCAACCCCCAGCGCCCCCAGCCAGGAGGCUCAGCUAUGCCACCACGGUCAACAUCCAUGUCGGGGGUGGCGGGCGGCUACAGCCGGCCAAGGCCCAGGUCAGGUUGAACCACCCUGCUCUCUUGGCAACCCCCCAGGAAUCGGUGGGCCUUCGCAGAGCCCAGGGGGCUCCCGAUGCCCCUUUCCACAUGUGAGCCAGGAUGUCGGGCUUCUUGAAAAGCAGAGACUUCAACCAGAUGCCACAGACCCUCAGAAUUCACCCAGAAGUCCAGACGCUGAACACAGGUCUAAAAAUUGCCACAGCUUUCCAACACCUGGAGUCUUCGGCGAAUGGUCCUUAUUACUUAACCUGGAUUAACCCAACAGGGAUGGGGAAGGGGAUGUCAUUAAUAUUUUGUUAAUUAAUAUUAUGAAAUUAUGUAUCUUUUCCCAUUCUGGGGGCCAUGGGGGAUGACAGAAGACAACAAUGAAUGGGAAGGUCUGAUACAGCACGAAUUAGUCGUUCUGAAAAUUUGGGGAAUCUCAAACUCCUUUGAGAAUUACUGAAGACUGGACCCAUUACAGUUUGGUGUAUGAUUUUAGAGGGCUUAUGAACUGCUUGAUGCCUAUCCAGGAAGGCCAAGUUAAGAAGCUUUUUCCCAAGCAGAUCCCUCAAAAUUCAUUCCCUUAGCAGUUUAUCCAGUUGAUGUGUCCCACCAUCAUCUAUUCCUCUCAUCUACUUAGCCAAUUCUAUCCACCCAGCUCUCUCUCCGUCAUCUCCCUCUGUCCAUCUGUCUUCCAAUCCAUCAUUCCCACCCAUAUGUCUUGCUUUAUUCAACUUUCUCUACCCUAUUCAUCCAUCAUCCUACCCCACCCCCCAUCUAGCACCCGUUCCUCCGUCAAUCCACUCAUCUAUUCCACAUGUCCAUCUUCUCCAACCAACUCUCUCCAUUCAUCCAUUUGUCCCUCCAUAUUCCCACCUAUGUCCAUUCAUUCAUACAUCUGAUCACUCAACCAUCUCCUAAUCCAUCAAGCCAACCGUCCAUUUAACCAUCUCUACCACCAUCCAUCCAACCAUUUUAAUCUCUUUCCAUCCAUCCCUCCUUAAUUGGAUUCUUCUGGGUCUUGGUACUACAAAAUUUCAGAGACAGUUCCCUGCUAACGCCAAAAUGGAUCAGGUUUGGGGUUCUGGCAGAAGUGUCCCACAUCUGCCUUAUUUCUCUUAGCAACCACUCUCCACCCUCCUAAGUAUUCCAGUUCUUGUACCCACCCAUCCAAUUCUUGUAUCAGAUCUCUCUACCCCGUCUCUCUAGUUGGGGACCUCUGCAGUGCCUCAAUAUGCCCCCACACCCCAAAGUAAUUCAGGUCUUAGGGACAAAGCCUUUUAUAUUAAGAUCGUUCUGUCCCCCUCCCAGCAGUGGUGUGCCCAGUGGGAAGCACAGUUUAAGCAGUUUCUUUGGUAACAUUCGCUGCUUUUAUUGAACACUUAAGUUCUUGUGCUUUAGAGCAUCAUCUAUUUAGUCUUCCCUGGAAUUCUCUGAGACACCACAGCAUCAUGGCUGAGUUGAAGUCCCAGCUUUUCUAGUACUUGGUGUGUUAACUUCCCUCCGAGCCUGGGUUUCCUCAUCUGUACAAUGAGGACAGCAGUAUCUGCCUCGCAGGAUCAUCGUAAAGCUUCAGUGAGUGUAUCCUUACUUCCCAAAUGUGUUUAAGCCUGACUCACCGAGGCACUGUUCAAAUCAGAUGCCCCAGGAUCUAGUCCCAACCCAUGGAAUGAGAACCUCCAAGGCAGGAGCCUAAGAAUCUGGUUUUAACAAUCAAUUAACAACAACAACAAAAAAUGCUAUUAUUGAGUACUAACUGCAUACCACAGGCAUUAAUCACUUUAUUUGAACUCAUUCACUUUGAGUCCUCACAACAUCCCUAAAAGGCAAGUGAGGAUGAUUUUUACGCCCCACUUUAGAGAUGAGGAAACUGAGGCACAGAGAGGAUAAGGGACUUGCCCAGUCAAACAAGUGGGAAGGAGCAGAGCUGGGACUCAUCCACGCUGCCAAGCCCGUCGGCACUUUUACUUGAGUGUGUCAGGCGCUACUCUUGUCACUGGGGGCACAACAGCGAACAAUUCCUUGCCCACAAGGGGCUUGCGGCCUGGUGCUCCAAAGGGCCUAGGUAACUGGUCAUUAGCUGGGGAAACUGAGUAAGUCCUGGCUCAAUAAGUGUUAGCUGCUGGCUUCUAUUCAGUUACUGCGUGGUUACCAUGCCACACACCAGGGCCUAGGCCAAGUCGGGCUUCUUGGCCUGGACCUGCUCCACUGCAGCCUCCCAACAAAGGUCAGGACUGAGGCUGGCCCUCCCCUCUUCCGCCCCCGGCUGCACAUUCCCAGCUGAAAGAAAGUUCCCAGCCUGGCCUGGGCUCCCAGCGGUGCCGGAAUUCCCGGUAUUUGAGGAGGCAGCAGGGAGGAAGAAGGCUGUCUACUCCAAGGCUUGGAGUGAGGACGGAGAGGCAAGCCCCCUCGGCCGCUCCAGAUGCGACCCAGCUGUGCCUCUGCGAGGGGCUAGGAGUCUCAGUAAGGGGGUCUCUGGACCCCGUGGGGAAACCCUGGGCACUAGGCCUGCCUCGGCCCCUCCAACUCCCUGUCCCUGAAUUCCAUUCCUCCUGCCUGCCCAACUCCUACCUCUGCUUCAUGACCCCAGCUCCAACGCCUCCUCAGGAAUACCUUUCUUGCUGGUCUACUACAGCCUGCCUUUUGUAAACUGUCUUUAGAGCUGCAGUUAAGACAGGCUUGAAAAGGGAAAGGGCAGCUGUCCACUGCCUUCUUUGGGACACUGCUGCCCUCCUUGGGAUGUUUAGGUUAAUGCCAGCCAAACCCAGUUAACCCGAGUUAACUCCAGCUCCAAUGCAAAACUUGGUGAGGUAGUUGUUUAGCCACUAGGCUAACUUUCUCACCAGCUAACACGAAGACACCUGCCUGUCACCAACCUCACAGGGAUGUUGUAAACACUUAGCCUGGCAACCAGCUGGAGCUCAAUCAACCCCACUCUCCAUCUGUAAGAAGCACUUUAUUUGUAUGUUUUCUCUGUACACCAGUGCUGUCCCACAGAAUUUUCCUGUCAGUGACAGUGUUCUCAUGGGUGCAGCCCAGCUUGGCGGCCACACAUGGCUACGGUUUUGGUAGGGCAGACAUACAAAAAGGGCAACUAGUGAGUAAAUCCCAAGGUCCUUUUAUAAAGAAAAUUUGUGAAACUAC